AGCGGCUGGUUAAUGGUUUAACCACAGGCUCUGAGCUGUGGAGCCCCGAUCGGCGUCUCUGGUUCCGCCCCCUCGGAGCGCCCCCAGCCGGAGUUUCAAAACCGCCCCCCGCCCCGGCCUAGGGCGUCCCAGGAGCUGCCCUGCUCGCUGGGGGAUCCCGGCUGCCCUCGGCCCUGUGAUCUCCUUGGUGCCACCUCCUUCUCCAGCCACAAGACCUGGACUUCAGAUCUGACACCAAACCUGCCUGCCACUUGGGAGGGUCUGCCUUCCCUCCCAGCCAGCAAGAUGCCCAUUCUCAAGCAGCUGGUGUCCAGCUCGGUGCACUCCAAGCGCCGUUCCCGCGUGGACCUCACAGCCGAGAUGAUCAGUGCUCCACUGGGUGACUUCCGCCACACCAUGCACGUGGGCCGGGCUGGGGACGCUUUUGGAGACACCUCUUUCCUCAACAGCAAGGCAGGUGAGCCUGACGGGGAGUCCCUGGAUGAACAGGCCUCCUCCUCAUCUUCCAAACGCAGCCUCCUGUCCCGGAAGUUCCGGGGUAGCAAGCGGUCACAGUCGGUGACCCGGGGGGACCGGGAGCAGAGAGAUAUGCUGGGCUCCCUUCGGGACUCGGCACUCUUCGUCAAGAACGCCAUGUCCCUGCCGCAGCUCAACGAGAAAGAGGCUGCAGAGAAGGGCUCCAGCAAGCUGCCCAAGAGCCUGUCAUCCAGCCCUGUGAAAAAGGCGGAUGCUGGGGAAUGCGGCGCAGAGGAGGCAGGUGCUGGGGAGCUGGGGCCCCGCCGGAAUGGGGCCACGGGUCCCCACUCCCUGGACCCCCUCCUUGAUGAGCAGGCCUUUGGGGACCUCACAGACCUGCCUGUUGUGCCCAAGGCCAGCUAUGGGCUGAAGCAUGCGGAGUCCAUCAUGUCCUUCCACAUUGACCUGGGGCCCUCCAUGCUGGGCGACGUCCUCAGCAUCAUGGACAAGGAGGAGUGGGACCCUGAGGAGGAUGGUGGCGGUUACCACAUGGACGAGGACCCUGGCAGGGUCACCCAGGCUCCCCCUUUGGCUGAGGCGGCCCCUCCCCUGGCAAGGCCCUCUCACGCUCUGGAGGACAAUGGGUGGGCAGCGGCAGCCCCCAGCCCCAGCUCGGCCCGCAGUGUAGGCAGCCACACCACGAGGGACAGCAGUUCCCUCUCCAGCUGCACCUCAGGUGUCCUGGAGGAGCGCAGCCCGGCCUUCCGGGGCCCGGACAGGGCCCAGCCCACUGUCCCGAGGCAGCCUGACAAGGAGUUCUCCUUCAUGGACGAGGAGGAGGAAGACGAGAUCCGCGUGUGAGGCGGUCAGAAAGUAGCCGGAGCUCUGAGCUGCGUCUUCUCCCUGGUCCCACCCCACUGUGACCUUUGACCUUACUGUGCAAGAGGACCUCAUGGGUGAGGGGCUCAGAGGAUUUGGGGAGCUGGGCUAGGUGCACACACCUGCUCUCCACAGCAGCAUGGGACCAGGCUGUGUUCUCUGAGCAGGAAUCCGUUUUCCUCUUGGCCUCCUCCUUCUCCAUUCUGGCCUCAAAUGGAUACGAGAUGUUACCCUGAGUUCCUACCUUGGGCACCCAUCGCAGGUCAGCCGGAGGCAGCUUACUCCGUGGCCAGGACUCUUGGCUCUCUGUCCCCUUUCUCUCCUGGUGUUACUGCUGUGACCUCUAGGGCCCCAAGCAGGUGUGCAUAGCAGAAGGAAGUGGGUGAUCUCUCAUCCCAUCCCCUGCAGCUCCUUCCUUGGCUCCUGCUCCAGCAGCCUGAGUCCCUGGGAGAUAGACUGGAGCAGGGGACCAGCCGCGAACCAGACACUAAACAUGGUCCCUUGCAGGGGUGAGGACAGGAUGGUAAUGGAUGGGUUCCCAAGGAAGGGCCCUUCCUUCCCACAUGACACUAGGAACAGGGCUUGUGGGUGUGUUUGUUCUUUAUUACUACGUUUAAAUCCCUAUAGAGCAAUAUUUGGAACAGUGUUAAUAAAUAGAAUGGAAUCCUUUUAGAAAACCUUUAUACCAAGUCUUCUCCUCUUGGAAGUUAUAGAGACUGUCAGCAUACUCAAGUCUGGGCACCUCCUGCCUCAAAGAAACCAGCCCAACCUGAACGGUGGUGGGGGGAUGUAUUCUUGAAUGCCCCCUCUUAUCUUGUAGCAGCUGCAGGAGGCCAGUGUAGAUUUCUGGAAAAUGAUUAUUAAAAAAUAAUAUAUCAUGGGUGGAGGAUGUGUUUGGACUCCCUUGCCCUGUGUGGAACCUUUCCCCUUCCUUUCUCAGACCCUCCCCCACUGCGGAGGUCUGGGCCCUGGGCGAGGGUUGCCAGAUUUAGCAAAAAAAUAAAAUAAAAUACACAAAACAGAAAGCUGAAAUAAAUUUGAAUUUCGGGUAAACAAAAGAUAAUUUUUUUUUUAGAAUUGGUAGAGCCCAUGCAAUUUGGAAAGUUCCUAUGCUAAGGAGUUGUUUUUCUGAAAUUCAGGUUUUGCUCCUCCUGUAACUCUACCCAGGGGACUGAGUAGAAGAAGCUGGGGGGUGAGCCCCAGGGGUGAUGCUGAUUCUUUUUCUGUCCGGGGAAUAGGCAGACUGACCUCUGCCUUUUCUAGGUCAGAGGGAAGACGGGGGAGAGAACUAACUACAGUACAAGGGGUCCUGGCCGUCAGCGGGUGGUGGGCCUGGAGGGACCGUCCUGGCGCUGAGACACUAACCUGGCUCCUGACUUGUGCUGCUGUUUCUGGAAGCUUAGCUCCCUCAAUGGUUGGAAUCCCAGGGCUGCCCUGCCCCAGGAGUGGCCCUCGGCACCCACCCCAGGUCAGUUCCAGGCACUAAACUGUAUUUUUUCAUUCUGUUAAAGCAGCAAGAAAACAUUAAAAAGCCCUCUAGCACA